AUGACUGCAGUAAAGUCUGUCACCUCCACCUCCUCAGCUUUACUAUCCUCGCCAUCAAACGAAGAACCUUCGGAAGCCAUGCCCAGCCAGCUAGAGGCGUGGUUUCUGGACUCCAUUUGGGAGGACGAAACACCUGACAUGACGGUCACUGUCGGCCAGAACGCGCUCUGCCAGCUAGACGGAACCGCGACCGUCGCGUUUCCUCCCGACGCCGUCUUCAGCCUCGUGUGCGACCCAUACAAUCGCCGCGUGUUUAAGAACAUCAAAUCUGUGCGGAACCACUACGUCGUGCGUGACUGUAACGGGGUGAAGGAGGUCGAGAUGGACAUGACAUUUUCGUUUCAGCUGCCGUUCUUUACAGGCACAUUCGAUGCGCAUAUGCGCAUGGUUCAGGACAGACCGAACCGCACCAUGACCUUCGCCCUGACUAAACCUGGCUUCAUGCGGAAAUUUGAAGGGUUCUGGAAAGUCGAGCCUCUGCUUGCCUCUGCAUCCUCUGCUACAUCUAUACAGCAUGCUGCAUCGUUACCAGACCAGUCCAGCUUCCGCCGUUGCGAAUCUACGGAGUCAAGAGAUGGCAGCACGAGCUUCGACGAAAGCAGCACCAGCAGCAACGAAUCCGAUGAAGCGCCAGACGUGACGGAUGCAGAUGGUUCAAAUCCGACUGCACCUGACGGAUUCCGUCUGGCUUCCCGUCUGGUGCUCUGCCAGAUUGUCCAGCCGUCAGUGGCACCGCCGGCCAUUUUCAAACGAUGUCUUCACAGCCUGCUGCAAAUGGCCACGAGGGACGUACUGCUGGUCUUCCAGCAAGAGUCUGCUCGUUUGAGAGCAGCACAAGGGGAGGAGGUGAGGGAAGACGCGGAGAAGACAGGGGUUACGUCACUGACAUCUAGAAUGUGGAGUAUUUUGAGUGUGAAAGCUUGA